AUGCCUAUCUCUGAUGUCCUCAGCCGCAAGUCCGGCGUCAUCGUCGGCGACGACGUACUCAGGCUGUUCGAGUACGCUCGUGAGAAGCAGUUUGCCAUCCCCGCCAUCAACUGCACUUCUUCUUCUACCGUUGUUGCCUCGCUCGAGGCUGCCCGUGACGCCAAGGCCCCAAUCAUCUUGCAGUUCUCUCAGGGUGGUGCCGCCUACUUCGCUGGCAAGGGCGUUCCCAACGGUGACCAAGCUGCCUCCAUCGCCGGUGCCAUUGCCGGUGCCCACUACGUCCGCUCUAUCGCUCCCACCUACGGCGUUCCCGUCGUCCUCCACACCGACCACUGCGCCAAGAAGCUCCUGCCUUGGCUCGAUGGCAUGCUCGAUGCUGAUGAGGCCUACUUCAAGGCCAACGGCGAGCCCCUCUUCUCCUCGCAUAUGGUUGACCUUUCUGAGGAGCCUGUCGACUUCAACAUCCAGACCACUGCCAAGUACCUCAAGCGCGCUGCUCCCAUGAAGCAAUGGAUUGAGAUGGAGAUUGGUAUCACUGGUGGUGAGGAGGACGGUGUCAACAACGAGGAUGUUGACAACAACUCCCUCUACACCCAGCCCGAGGACAUCCUCAACAUUUACAACACACUCUCGCCCAUCUCCCCCUACUUCUCCAUUGCCGCUGGCUUCGGCAACGUUCAUGGUGUGUACAAACCCGGUAACGUCAAGCUCCACCCCGAGCUCCUCGGUAAGCACCAGGCCCACGUCAAGGCCGCCAUCAAGUCCAAGCUCGAGAAGCCCGUUUUCUUCGUCUUCCAUGGUGGCUCCGGCUCCGGUAAGCAUGAGUACCUCAGCGCCAUCAGCCACGGUGUCGUCAAGGUCAACAUGGACACCGACAUGCAGUUCGCCUACUGCUCCGGUAUCCGUGACUACAUGAUCAACAAGAAGGACUACCUUCUGACUGCCGUUGGAAACCCCGACGGUGCUGACAAGCCCAACAAGAAGUUCUUUGACCCCCGUGUCUGGGUUCGCGAGGGUGAGAAGACCAUGUCUGCCCGUGUCACUGAGGCCCUUAAGGACUUCAACACCGCUGGUCAGGUUUAA